GAGGUUGGGUGUAUGUGUGCGUGCGGGUACGUAUUAUUACAGGCGCUACAAGCUGGACACAGCAGGAUUGCAAUGCACGGUACAUGGUACAUGUAGUGCUAUGCUAUGAGCAAUUUGCAAUACCAGCCGUACGAGUUACACACAUACAUGUACAUGUACGUCGCGCACGUUAUGGGUAUGGUAGAGAUGGUGCGGUUCGUACGCCUACAUGAUUAGGAUUUUCUACCUCAGCUCGCCGUACAUCUAUUUACAAGUCUUUGCUCCAUGGUCUGUGCGUUUGGAAUUAGGCCUUUCUUCAUAUAAUUUUCAAUUCAUCGGAUCGCGAGCGUUUGGUCUUUUUAUCCUGGAAACGUACUUGAAUGUUCCAGCUUGUUUUUAGACCUACUUUACGUCUUCGGUGGAUCGCGGGCUUAACCAAAUGCUGUCGACACAGUUCGCAUAAAUUCACCAGUUCAUCUCCAGCGAACAUGACGAUAGUGCGGCUAUGUGCACAUAAGGAGUAGUCGUAUGCUGUUAGCUGCCAUUAUCUGGCUUCGGCCCUUUGCAAAUUUAUUAAUUGUCAACAUCUGAAAAGUCAGAGGAUACCAAGAAAUAAAGAUGGCGGACCUUGAAGCUGUGCUUGCUGAUGUGAGCUAUUUAAUGGCAAUGGAGAAGAGUAAAUCGACUCCAGCUGCCAGAGCUAGCAAAAAGAUCGUUCUCCCUGACCCCAGCAUACGAAGUGUCAUGUACAAAUAUCUGGAGGAAAGAAAUGAAAUAACCUUUGAGAAGAUUUUCAAGCAAAAACUUGGUUUUCUACUCUUCAAGGAUUUUUGUGAGAAUGUUUCAGAGGUUCCAGUACCACAGUUGGAAUUUUAUGAGGAGAUAAUUGAAUAUGAAAAACUGGACUCAGAAGAGGAACGACUGAAGCGAGCUAGGAAAAUAUUUGACAAUUAUGUCAUGAAAGACCUUCUCUCAAGUUCACAUCCAUUUUCUAAUGAGGCUGUAGAGUCAGUCAGACAGAGUUUGAUCAAACGAGAAGUGCCAACAGAUCUCUUCAAGCCUUACAUCAAGGAGAUUAUGAACUCACUAAGUGGAGAAAUAUUCCAGAAACUUUUAGAGAGUGAUAAAUUUACCAGGUUUUGCCAGUGGAAAAAUGUAGAGCUAAACAUAAAUCUAACAAUGAAUGACUUCAGUGUACACAGAAUAAUAGGAAGAGGGGGCUUUGGAGAGGUAUACGGUUGUCGGAAAGCAGACACUGGCAAAAUGUAUGCAAUGAAAUGCUUGGAUAAGAAGAGGAUCAAGAUGAAACAGGGAGAAUCUCUUGCACUCAAUGAACGCAUCAUGCUAUCCUUAGUCAGUGAGAAUGAUAGCCCAUUCAUUGUGUGCAUGACAUAUGCAUUCCAGACUCCAGACAAGCUGUGCUUUAUUCUUGAUCUCAUGAAUGGUGGUGAUCUGCACUACCAUCUAUCCCAGCACGGAGUGUUUUCAGAGAAAGAAGUUCAGUUCUAUGCAACUGAGAUCAUCCUAGGGUUAGAGCACAUGCACAAUCGCAGUGUAGUGUAUCGUGACCUCAAACCUGCUAACAUUCUUCUGGAUGAGAAUGGUCAUGUAAGAAUCUCUGAUCUGGGUCUAGCCUGUGACUUCUCCAAGAAAAAACCCCAUGCAAGUGUAGGAACUCAUGGCUACAUGGCACCAGAGGUUCUGUCCAAGGGACUUGCCUAUGACUCCAGUGCCGACUGGUUUUCAUUCGGUUGUAUGCUAUACAAAUUGUUGAAAGGGCAUAGUCCAUUCAGGCAGCACAAGACAAAGGACAAGCAUGAGAUCGACAGAAUGACUCUCACCAUGGACGUGGAGUUUCCUGAUUCCAUGAGUGAGGAAAUGCGGUCCUUGCUUGAAGGACUAUUGCAACGAGACGUGCCAAUGAGGUUAGGCUGCCAAGGAGGAGGAGCUCAGGAAGUCAAGGACCAUGCAUUCUUUAAGGGCAUUGAUUGGAUCCAAGUGUCCUAUCAGAAGUACACGCCACCAUUAAUUCCCCCAAGAGGUGAGGUCAAUGCAGCAGAUGCCUUUGACAUUGGUUCAUUUGAUGAAGAUGAUGUUAAAGGGAUAAAGCUUGCAGAAUCAGACCAGGAGUUGUACAAAGACUUCCCACUGACUAUCUCCGAGAGAUGGCAAGAGGAAAUAGCAGAGACCGUCUUUGAAGCUGUCAAUGGGGAUGCAGACAAACAAGAAGCCAAGAAACGAGCCAAGAAGAUGGAUGAAGGAGAGUAUGCCAUGGGCAAGGAUUGCAUCAUGCAUGGCCAUAUUCUCAAGCUGGGUGGUCCUUUCCUGAAUUCUUGGCAGAAACGUUACUUCUACUUGUUCCCCAACCGACUGGAGUGGCAAGGAGAUGGUGAAAAGGGAGUCAGUUCGCAAAAUGUUCUGGUGAUGGAGCAUGUAUUGAGUAUUGAGGAAACGAUGGUCAAAGGCUUCAAAUGCAUACAGUUGAAACUAAAGGCUGGCAAGAACUGUAUACUAAGGACAGAGAGUGAUCCUGAGUACAUUCAGUGGAAGAAGGAGAUAGCACUUGCAUUUGACACAGCUCAGCAGAUGUUGCGUCAUGGUCCCAAGAUGCUAGCUACACAAGGUUCGUCCUCUGAUAUCAUGAGACACCAACCACUGGGCCAACGCAAUAGUAAUGGUGCCCACUAACACUAACUUUACCAUCGCCAAACAAAAAAAAAACCAGUUCUAUAAGUGUUGUCAUGCAAUUAACUGCGAGCUAAAGCUGUGGUUCUUAAUGAGAACCAAGAUAAUGAAAUACUCGUCUUAACUGCUUUUCACUGCUGUAUACUAACGUUACUGACCUACUAACAAAGAUGGACUUUUUACUGACGUGAACUGAGAUCAUGACAGUGUAACAUCUUUGACUUAGUUUAACAGUAUUCUUGUUAAUACAUGCACACAUCUUUAUUUUAGUGAAUGUCAUUAUACAAUGGCAGUGUCAAUGACUCUAGUUGGACAUACAUUGAACAGCCAUGUAUGAACUGUCUUGUGCCAUUGGCUUACCCCAUUCACAUUUAUUAAAUUAUGUAGGGAUGUCAAAUAUUUCUUUUGAAAAUCUUCUAAUUAUUUCCAAGGUUUCCAAACUCUUUUAGAGUCAUUGGCUUCAUUUGUCGACGGACAAAUGAUGUACCUGUCUCCUUACCUUCAUUAAUAGAUCUGCACAGUUAUCAUCAUACUCUAUGUUCAUUACUGACCUUUGUCUCAAACUGUUGUGGAUCAAGACAUACUGUUUAAGAUUGUGCUCAGGGCAGUAAGCUCCAAUGUGAGGCACAUUCAAAGUGCGUAGGAGUUUGCGUUAGGUCUUUCAUGUCUGUUUGCAAGGGUACAGUGGCCAGCUAUUGUAAAAUGAGACUCCAGACAGAGUUGUUGCUUUGUUAUUGAAAUAUCAAAGGAGAAAUCUGUUUUAAAACCAAAUUACAUUUUCCUAAGAAGAGAGUGCCAAUACAGGGACUUUUAUUCAUUGAAGGAAUGAAUAAAUGUCAUGAUUUAAUUAGAUUUCAUUUUAUUUGAUUUCAGUCAUUUCAUCGGUAGUGCACCACGUGUGCAUGAUCAGGCUGGAUUUUAAGGUUAAACAUCUUUCUAACAUGAAUCAUGUCUGCUGAUUGAAUAUCGUUAUCCAUCUCCCUGCAAAAAUGAUAUUUUUCCAAGCGCUGAAUAUUUGUUUUAGAGUCUGUCCAUGAAAUCAUAAAUCGCAUCUUCUCCUUUACUGUCGUAUACUGACUUGCCACACAACAAAAGCAAUUUACAUUUAUUUGGAGCAACCUCAUGUGAUGCCUUGUGAGUUUUUUCCUAUGGACUGAAUUUCGCACUGAAAAAUGUUUCAAAAGUUGCAGUAUUCCUUAACAAUUUUGCCAGUUCUCACGUUUUCAUCCUCCAGUAAUAGGAAAGUGAACAGAUUUUUAACGUUGAAGCAAUUCUGAUCAGCAGCUUUCAAUUUCGUUUACACAGUUGAGCACCAAAACUCAGAGCACUGUUUAAAAAACGUCCUGCUUAUAAGGAAAGUGUUGUGAUCCAAUUCUUAAUGCUCUUUGUUCGUUAGUACUGUACGUACAAUAUAAGGUAUCUGUUAAUUAGAAGAUAAUUUGUUAAGGCCCAAUUGUCUUCUUGUAAAGGUGUUCAACUGUAAUCAGAUUUUGCAGUGUUUGCCUAUUUUACAAACAAUAGGCAAUUUAUCAUCAGGUCUUGUAUGCAUGAAGCAAGUGGGAGUAUGGAUAGUAGGCAAGGAAAUGCAUCAUUUGGGGGCACUGCUAAGUGGUUAGUGUGCUACAUCAACCUAUUUUGGUGAGCAUCCCAAAUGGCCUUCAUUUUAUAACCUCGUCUAUCUGCCAUUCAGAUAUGCACUGUUCAUUUUCAACAUGGAAGAGAUACUAAUAAACAAUGAUACACAUUGUGUGUAGGUGAAGAAACUGGUGAGUUCCAUGGAACAUUGUUAUAAUAAGGAAUUGUGCAUGGAAAUUUGGUGACUUUGCCAAGAUUGACUGACAAUUUAAAUGAAUAGAUCAUAGAUGUUAUUGAUAUAUACUGUUGUAGGUUAUAAUAACAUUCCCUAAAAAUGCACAAAAUGUAUUUUAAAAUUAAAUAAAAUAGAUCUAGUUAGACAACAGUAUGUGCUGGGUAUAUUGAACAUUACUACUGCACAUGUAUUGUCAUAUUGAUUAAUUUGAACAAUUUUCAAUCAAUAUUAUUUCAAUUCAGAUUUAUGGUACUUUUUUGCAGUCUAAAUAAACUUCUGGUGCAAAACUGUGUGGACUAAUGUAGGCAUGGUGCUGCUGCUAUCACUAGCUGGCUUCUCCAUUGGCUGGGCCAAUGCUGAAGAAGUCAAGUAGGAAUCUACCAUUUAGUCAAACCACUUACAGUGUAGAUUGGUUUUUUUUUUCUGUUCAGAAUUUGUGUGCAGAUGCAAUGAUACAGCUUUCUGUCAUUCACUUUUAAAUUUAGGGAUAAUAAUAAAGUAGCUUUGGAAAGUUAUAGGGUUUCAACAAUCUCCAUGUUGGAGAACUGUUGAAUUUCCUGCAUAUACUUGACUAGUACAAAUCAACUGUAUGAUAUACUUCAUUGGUAGUGCAUGUAGAAAGUCUGGGUGUAUGUAUGGUAGUUAAGAAACUGAUGUGCAAUGUAUGUACAAAGUAAAUGAAGAUUUUGACAAUUUUUAUCUGUUGAGCCAAUGUAAUGGGAUAAAUUGAUGUCAGAUGUAGAUAAAGACAGUGUUGCAGAUCUGCAGCUCCUGUUGAUUAUCAGAUAUACCGUUAAUAGUUGUUGUGAUUCAUUAUUCUUAGGACUUAAGCCACAAUUUUUGUCCUCUUUAUAUUUAUAUAGUGAAGUCCUUUUUUUUAUCCAAGUGUGCUUUAACUCCUUAAGGGUGUACAUGUACAGAAAGCAUGUGUCACACCUCCUUAGACAGUCGUAUACUAGACAGUCGUAAAGCACUUCAUGAUGUAGUUGAUUAUUACAACUUCAGACUUUGAUUGUCAAUUGUCAUUCACUGACCUGAAGGCAACUGUACUGGGCACCACUUUUACUCUUGAUAUAGCAAGGUUGGUCGGAAAUGGCUGCACAGUGGGUAGAAUUGUGCAAACCUAGUCGGGAUGUGAACCAGCAAGUGGGUCCUUUCUUGGCAGUUAUCCUAACACUAGAAUCUUGCACUCAGUGGAUGUCACCGCACUUUAUAAACAUGUUACACAAGUAUGGAUAAUAUUGAACUUAGAAAAGAAUAUAGCCAUGGUAUUAUUAAUUUAUAGGCCAAGUCAGCACCAUAUAUUAUAUUAGUGCAUUUGACUGACAAUGUUACACUUCUUGAAUUCAUCCAUAUAGCAUGAUGCUCUUUCUGAUCACAGAAAGCUAUGAUUCAGUAUGAAUACAUUACGUUUGGAAUUUCUUUCAAAUGUUUAAUAUAUCCAAUGGUGGUACAUAUUGCCAAAAGUAAAAUUAGUGAGCCUAGGAUUGUGUUUAUUCACAUUUUCCUCCAGAAAAGUUGCAAUUUAACUACUGAAUUUAGAAUGAAGAAUAAAAUUCACUGCCUUUGUUGUGACAGCCACUGUAUGACUGUAAAGACAGCUACAGGUGAGAAUCCUUAAGCCAGACAGCAAUCUUCCCGUAAAAGUAUAAGGUUGAGUGGAAUUAUCCUUAACUACAUGUAGAUAAAGGUCCAACCCAACCCUGCACAAAUAGGAAGUUUUCACAGGAACCUGCUUUCAGACAGGAAUGCAUUGUAGUAACCUGCGUGGAUGCUGUUGUCUUCAAAUUUCUUGUUCAAGAACAUGCAAUGAGUUAAUUCUGCAAAAUUUCAAAUCUGGGGAUAGUUUGACUUCAUAUGUAUAUAGCAUAAGUAGAAGCAAUUGGAAAGGUUGACUUUUGAAAUUUUUGCUUCAAUAGAUAAAUGAUUAGGUAUAUCAUUAAAUAUAUUUUACUUGAUGUGCGUUUCAUUUCCAUUUUUAUAGAAGGACGUGUUGAAAAUUCUAAUUACUCUUGUGAUUUACAUUAGAUUAUAUGGACAGGGAGUUGGGUCCAUGUUUCUGUAUCUGUUAUACAAACUAGGUGAGUCAUUGUUAGGGGUUUAUAGGUAAUCUUUGGCAGUGUUGUUUCUUGUGAACAUUUUUUACCGAGGCAUUUAGGUUGAUUUUAUUGAUCGUUUUCUAGGCUUAGUGAAAGUUAUCUGCUAUUAUGGGAAACCAGUUAAGGGUGAUGACUGUAUAUCCAACUUUUAGUGUUCACAAGAUGUGACAGAGAACUUUGUGCAGUAUAGAAGAGACAAGUAAGUUCAGUGAACACAUUUUAUCACCGCAUGUGCUGUAAAAAAAAAAACUGAGUGCAUCAGCCGACUCACUUGUAUUAUAUCAGACGAUUGACUUUGGGGGAAUUUUUUUUUUAAUUACACUGCAGAAGUAUACCAAAUGGCACUACCUACCACUCUUACUUCUUUAAGCUCUAUUCAUUGGUUCAUAUAUGAUGUUUGCAAUGCGAUUUUUGAAUUUUUUUGUAAUAAAGGUUGACAAGCAAGUAGAUUCCGGAUAGGUUGUUCUCUGGCUUCAGGGAGAGAUCUCUAGUCUUACUUUAGUUGGUCUCAGUGAUUUUAUUAUCGUCAUUGUUGAGGUUGGUUUAUUUGAUAGUUUAGAGAGGAAAAAAUGUAUGCCUACUAAAAGACCGUAUGAUAUGUGAAUUAGUUGAUUCAAUCCAUCAGUCUCCUCUGAAUACAUGACAUGGAUGCAUCGUCUGCUUUUUCUGAACAUGGUUAUAUGUCGCAAAAAAGUAGAUUCUAGAUACCCAGGUGAGGAUGUACUCCCAAAGCAUGUUGCCAUUGUAGUAAUAUGUUUUUCUUACAGUCAGAAAAAUUUAGAGAAGAAUUUUCCAUUCCAACUAUAUGUAACUUAAAGUCAAGUGAUAGUUACAUGUACAUGUUCUGAAUAAAAAAUUGAAGUAACGUUCCUUCUAUACAUGAACUACAACUGAAUGAGGUAUAGAAAUGAAUGCAGAAAUGUUUGUGAUGUAUGCCAUCAUGGCUCAGUCUAAUCUAAAGAAAUCAUUAGGUAACAUUUAAACUUUGCAUCUGCUUUAUUCAAACUGUCAGCCGCUGGUAGAAGGUUUAGGCAAGUAUUGACAGUAACUUAUUUGUAAAUCAAUCUGUCAUGUACAUGUAAGCUGGAAUGUACCUUUGGAGUACAAGCACUAGUGCAAAACUGAAUGAUGAAACCUUCUAGUAACAAGGUCAGAACAUUUAGCCUUUUUUAGACAGAGUUGGGGAUUCAUCCAAAAUUUGUAAUGAUCCUAUUUAAAAAUUGCCAAAAUAGCCAUAAGGUAAUACAUUCAUAAAAAGCAUACAUUGUUUCUGUUAGCUUUAAGCAAAAUAUUGUUUAAAAAUGUUGAAAUGUGUUUGAUGUUAGACAUUGAAAUGCUGGAUGCUUUUUGUCAUUUGAGAGUAUUUGGGAGAGGACUUGUUACAUCCCUUGUUGACAAACAUGGAAUAAAUUGAUGUAGUGACAUGAUGACGAGCAUUUGUCAUUGCUUGUGUACAGUGGAACAAGGCAAUGAAGUCACUCAGUGGCAAUUAGGCGAAGACAUUGUUCAUGUUAUGAUCAUACCUGACAGAUAAUGAUAUCAAUUCUUCCAGUAUUGACUUGAUGUUCUAGGUGUGCUUGAUGGACCGUCUCUUGGGUGAAGGGAUUUCUAUUUUGCCAAUAUCAACUUAACUAGCACUGUUACCAUACUGCUGGUUUUUUGGUUCUUUUAUGCAAUGAAACGCAACUACAUUUAUACUUUCUUUGUAUCAAUGAUUUGACAAGUACUUUAUUGAAAUAUUGAUACCACAUUAUACUACCAUUAAUGCAUAAUUAUGCAGCUUCUCAUCCACAGUUCCCCCUUCCCUUUUGGGGUAAUUAUUGACAGAUGUGUGAACUUAAUAUAUGUGUACUCCAAGCACACGGGCUUUGAAGAUGACUGUAGGGGAUCCUGUGUAGCUCUAAAGACAUCUGCCUUGGUCAUGUUUAUAGAGCUUCAUGUAACCUAACAUUUGCUCACAGGGAAGGAAGUUGUUCUGGGGUGAAUACAUUGUUUUCUUGAGGUCAUUUGCUUCAGAACAUGUCAGAGAGGAAGUGUCAAAAUAGAUUACAUUGAACCGUGGUGAAGUCUGGGUCCCUAUCUGACAGCCAUUGUGUUAACAUAACUGAAAAGAAAGAAGAGGUUAAUACUUGUUAAACUUGUGCUUUUUAAUUAUAUGAAGGAUUGAUCAGUUCUGGCCAAUAUCAAGUGCUCUCUGCUAUGAAAUCCACUGUCUUUUCCUACAGAGUACAUGAAGAUACCCUUUUAUGGAGGUAUCACUCAGUGUCAAGAUUUUGAGUGUACUAUCAAUUUUAGGGCAGUUUUCAAAUAAUGUAUUGUCAUAUGUUCCUUACUCUCAAUGCCUCAGUUAGCUUGCAAAACUGCUAAAAUAUCUAGAACUAGAGUUUUACAGCUUUUUUACGUACACACUUUUGAUGUGCUAUUUGUGGUAAAAGGUUUAUCAUACAACUUGUUGUAUGAUCUUUUGUUAAUUUGUGACUAAGCUUGAAUUUAUUUUUUAAAAAAGGCAUUUUGGUUUUAGGGGCACUGUUUUGAUUUUAAUUUGAGUGUAAAACGUGACAUGGUGCCGAUGAAAAAAAAAGAGUUACAUAAAAUUUAGAUAUAUUAAAGAAAUGUAUGGAUAGCUGUCCACACUGACCACCGUAAAACAUCACUAACAUAAAUAGAAGUAUCUGUCCAGGAGGUACAGCAGAGACAUGUGAAGUAGUGACACUUAAUAAUGAUGAACGUAGUUGUUGACUUGCAGGAGUUUGACCUCGGAGAUCAUAUGCAAACCUGUCCAAAUCUGCUCACAAUGAAUCCAAAGUCAUCAAAGCACUUCUCUGUACAUGCCAUAGUGGCAGAGAGAGGUCUAUCAUCAGGAAAAUGUCUGCGUGUUAUCAAGUGUUAUGUGCAACACGACAGAGACUAGGUUUUGCAUUCGUCUGCUCAUUGGUUUAUUUAGUUGUCCUGAAGGCAUUUCUACAAAAAAAAAAAACCCAAGCCCAGUAACCAUUUGACUUUGUAAAAUUAAGUAGUUGCUUUUCAAAUAAUACUAUUUUAUAAUUUGUGUUUACUUUGUAUCAUUUUAUUGUGUUUGGAAGACUUUUCAUACAAUAAGUUUGUGAACGACCCAUUUGUGUUAAUAUUAGAAUAGAAUGGCUAGUGAAUUGAUCAUUAAGACCAGUGUGUGGUACCUGAAAUGUAGCUGUCACUCUAGUAUGGCGGGGGGGUAGUUGUCAGAUAUUUCCUAACCUUGGUGUGCUUUUGUUACUAUUGUUUUAAUUGUGACAUAGAACAUCAUAAGUCUGUAUUAACUGUUUAUAUAUUGCAGUUAUCAACGAUGCUGUAUUGUUUACCAGCUUUGCUUUUUGUGUAAUCUAUUAAACUCGACACUGGUUAGGGAUAUUCCAUGACACGUUA